AAGAUAAUUGGCCAACGGCUGCAGAAUUUCAAGCUGUCCCGCCUUCUUUAGCGUUCUAAGCCAAUGAUAUGUCACUGGACACAUACCAAGGAAGAACUAUGGCGUAAUUAUGUUUAACGUAUGAAAUCUAAUUUCACGUUCCUAGAAGCAAGAUGGCGAGCUCAGUGACUAAGGAUAUUUCCUAUAAGGAUCUGAAAGCCCUUCUGGGACAGAAUCAGAAUCUGCUUUUGGUUGAUGUUCGCACUAAAGAGGAAGUGGAUAAAGGACAUAUUCCAGGAUCUGUUCACAUUCCAGUUGAUACAGUUGAGGCUGCUUUUGCAAUGGCGCCGGAGGAUUUCAAGUGCAAGUACGGAGUAACAAAGCCACCGCAAGAUGCGCCAGAGCUGGUGUUUCACUGCCAGCUUGGCAGGCGAGGGUUAAAUGCCACAAACAAGGCCCACCAACUGGGAUACGUGAAUGCCCGUAAUUAUGCCGGAGGAUACAAGGAGUGGUCUGAGAAAGAGGGGAAAUGAUUUGUGUUGAAGGAACUCUUCAUAUAUAUGAAUACAAAUAGCAAUUGUGAAAUCAAACUAAAUAUUUUUAUUUUACUGUUUUGUUUUCAUAGUCUACAUCAUUGUAUUAAAAAUGUAUCAAUAUGUAAAAAUAAAGUAGUUAAUGUUA